UGGGCGUGGUCGGGAACUGCCGGACUCCUGAGACUUGUGUCCGUCAGGGCCGAUCGGAGGGUCAUUGGUGAUUGUGGAGUCGCAGUCCGGCGAAGUCUGAGGCGCCGCUCAAUUGGUCACGCAGUUGUACUUUUCCUGUUGGCUUGUAUAUUUCCCACGGGGCUCGAAGGCUCGUCGGAUAUCUGGCAAGCGGAAUAGUGAGAAUGAGGACCCACGGAAGGUUAAUUGGUCUUGCGAGCAGCCUCCUGGCUCUCAAACCAUACUCUUGGCAGAGGCGAGGGCUGAAGUGGCAGAGGCCGCUGAGGACUGGGCGGCGGCUGAGGCUAACCCAGGCGGACGGAGGUGAUGGGCAUCCUGAACCCCGGUCAGGCACGUAUCAAGAGGCGGUGACGGGCCAAGCCUCCGGAAGGCAAGACGAAAAAUCUCUUCUUCCAGAAGCUGGAAGAAAGUGUGGGUAACACCGACAGGGGACCCUUUGGGGGCGUCAUUUGAGUCAGUCUUGCGGCGCACGAUUCAGAAAAACAAGAAGGCCAUCAUCAUGAAGUGUUUCGCCCCCUUCCUCUAGGUGGUGUUCAUUCCGAGUGACUAUACAUCAAGAAGAUGGAGACUGAGUUAACCUUUUGGGUCCAGGACAAGACCAGACCAGACCAUGGGGGUGGGGGUGAGUGACAACCUCUGAUGCUGAAGGAUGUCUGCAACCAUUCCAAACGCAUUACACACAUCUGAUGGAAACCACUGGGAAAGGCAACCCAGAUAAAUUUCAUGCGAACAAGGGAUGGCUUGAGAAUGUAGAAGUUGCUACAGUUGACAAAAUUCAGGGUUGAUAAGGGAGGAAGAACCUUUAAAUGCCCAGUUAGCAGCGAAGUAACUCCAACUCCAGAAACUGAUCAGAGCUAGAAGCUAUGUGCCUCAAUGGGUCUUCAUGCCAAGGACAUGAGCUUGUUUUGGAAGUACAUUCCUUAGUAGACCUUUAGGGGAAAAGACAAUCUGGACGUUUCAGAGGAAGCUAAGGACAGGAUUUUCCUCUUUGUGUGUGCCAGUGACACGAGUGACAAGAAGAUAAAAACCGUUGCUGCUUUAGAAAGAUCCUAAACCCACAUGUCUCUUGGAAAGAAGGUUAAAAAAAAACAUUCCUGUUUCCCGGUGAUCACACCCCAGAGUAUCAUUAACUGCUGCCCUCUUUUUGGCCUGGUUUCAUAAUUGUUUUAUCUAUUAAGCCCAGAGUUGUUUAACAGAAAAAAAAAAAAAACUUUAGUUCAGAGUGUUGCUAAUUUUGAACAGCGGUCCCAAUCACCCAGGCUCAUUGUUCUUUGCUCAUCCUCAGGUAAUACUGUUUCUCCCUCCGGAAGGCACUAGCUGUCUUCAGUCCUUGGAUCAGGGAAUAGUUGAAGCAUUCAGGAGGUAUUACACCAAGCACAUGUCUGACCACUUUGCUGACUGUAUUAAAUAAAACCCCUUCUCUUACUUUGAAAGUAACAUGUCAACAACAUUGCUGACACUUUGAUAGUGAUAAAAGUGUCUAUGGAUGAUAUAAAACCAGCCAUUCUUACUAAAGCCUGGUGGAAACUUUGGGACGACGUGAAUGAAUAAUUAUGCAUAUUUCCUAUAAGCUGUUUUUUAAAAAAAAUCAGUCUGAAAAAAACAGAUGGGCUUUCAAUUCAUCAAUAUUGAUGAAAAUGAAAUUAAUGAGCUAUUGAAGUUCCAAAUUUCGGUGGUAAUGAGAGUCUGUAGAUGAGGAAGAAGACAAGUCCCUAGAACCAGAGGUAAAGAUGAGCCUAAGGAAAUUGAAUGCUGUCUUAUUCUCUUCUUGAGGCCUCACUGGUGCUGCAAUGAAUAUGGAUCCUUUCUUGGAUCGAAGUUUGGCCUUUACAAAAGAUCAUGAUAAAAUUGUUGUGUACCUAUCAAGAGGUGCAAGAGAAUCUUCCAAAUAAAACCUCUUUUCUAAAGAAAGAGAAGGGAGAUACGUAAUGAAGAGGAAAUGCGGGUGAAGAAGAUGGACACAGAAUGAGUCUGAAGAACAGUAUCCUGACAGCCUCUCUCCUGACAUACCCCCUGAUCAGGACCCUUAGCCUGCAGCUCCAUUCAGCUGUCACUGGCAGUUUUGUCUCCGGCACUUAUUCCGUCGUCUUUGUCAACUGUCCCAACGAGCAAAUUGCCAGAGAUAUUGCCAGGGCUGUGCUGGGUAAGAAGCUGGCUGCCUCGGUGAACAUCCUGUCUGAGGCAUCCUCACUCUACUUCUGGAAUGGAGAAAUAGAAGAAGCCACGGAGAUUCUGUUGUUAAUAAAGACAAAGACUUCCAAGGUCCACAUUCUGUCCAGUUAUGUCAGGUUGGUGCAUCCUUUUGAAAUCCCAGAGAUCUUCAGUCUUCCCAUGGACCAAGGAGACGUGCACUAUUUGAAGUGGCUGAAGGAGGGCAUGGAGGAGGACUGAGAGCGAGAGGCUCUCUGUGAAUCCUGCUGGCUGCCUCUGGCCUUCACCCGCUGCGCUCUGGGGAAGGGAGGCCUCUUUCGGCCUCCUAGCGUCUCUGGAUUCCGUGUUUUUGUCAGCAUAGAGGAGCUAAAUAACUUGUGGACGUUGAAGGUCCAAGGCUUCUGAGGCUAGAAGAGGAGGCUGGGCCAGUCAGGCUAAGCAAAAGCCCGCUGGAACUUGUCUCUGAGUGCUUCACCCUUAAACGUGUCCAGGGUGUGGGAGAGCAAGGGUGGUUUUGUGUAGGGGACAGGGAGGGGUGGCAGUGAGGGUGAAGUUUGUCGUCUUCAGCAGUCUCUGGGCUUACCUCGAGUGUCUAGGGUGGAAUUACUCUCCUGGUUCUCAGGAGGAAGAAUAGAACCAAUGACCCGUUUACCUACAAGGGUGUGGGGUGAAUGAAUGUCUCCUCCUAGAGGAACUGGCAAGCACUUUCUGUAUUCAGAGGAUGGAUUGUGAAUGGUACAAUAUCAGGGACAAGCAGGAUUCUUUCUCCUAGCUACGGAUGGUGUUCGUUAUCCCUGAGCCCGGAGGAGUGGGCCUGCGGAUGGGCUUCAGGAGUUUGUGCAGGACUAGGGGAACAGCGGUGCUUAGAUGCAGCCUCAUCAGUUGGGAAUGGGUCUUGCCUCUUUCUAAGCUGAAUAUGGCAGACCUCAGAAGGUUCCGGUGCCUUGCUCAGUGGAGACAUAGGCUCUGAGCCCACCAUACUAACCAUUUUUACUUGAGCAUUAAAACUGAGGAUCCUAACGUAGGAAAGAACCCUGGGGAACUUCUAGGCCUGUGUUUUUCGGACUUGCUCCACAGAGCACCCCCAGGGUUGACAGAAGGUGCUGGGACUGCCUGCCCCCUGCCAAUACUUUAGCCAUGCAACUGUACUUUUACUAUUUUAAUGUAUUGAGCUAUCUAGUGAGAUUUGUAAGAUUUUUUAAAAGUUUUCUUUGUUAAAAGUUGUAAACCAGGGUCUAAGCCAGUCUCUGUGUAGAGGGCUAGAGAAAACUGAACUACACAGAGGUCUAGGAAGCGGGUAUGUUGUUACUAAAGGGGCAGCCAAGGCUGCUCACCUGCAUCUGGUGCUGCCCCAUACCUGCCCCACGGUGCCCGUGGAGGAGGGCAGGGGAGGCUGAGCUCCCUGUAGGGUGAGGAGAGAAACUUAACCUAGGUUCCUCCAGGAAUCCCUCAUAAGGUAACUCCACUCCGUGGGCAGUUGGGGUGAGGGUCCCCUGAUGGUCUGCAGACGUCUGCGGUAGCGGCCCUUCCUCCAGAGGGAAUGGUGUGUGGGAGGGGUGGCACCAGGCUCUAGUUCUGAUACCUCCUGUUCCUGGACCUUAGUUCCUCCGAACAUGAAAACGGGGGUGUGGUGGGGGCGUUUCCCAGGGCUCUUCUGUGAAAGCUUUGUCGGGGUUCAGGCUGAGACCCUUCCCAGGGUCCAGAGAGGACUCUUCUCUAGGCCAGUGGGGAUGGUGGCGGGCUCCUCCAAGAGAAGAACAAAGAGAAUGAUGAUGGUGGUGUCCCUUUUCACAACAGAUGGUUCUGAUAGGUAAGAAAAAUCUUGUGUGACAUCAACUUGACCGCAAAUAUGCAGGGGACCUCAGAUGGACUGUCCGUGUUGCUUUCAGGGUAAAGUCCAGCUUCUUGGUCUGGUUUUCAAGGCCCGUUACAACCUUGCCCCACCCCACUCUUUCAUCCUCACCUACCCCUCCUCUCCUACUCUGGCAAGUAGCUGCACCACUAAGUUAUGACACGUUGUCCUGGGUUCAGGCCACGCCCUCUGCCCAAGGAGUCCGUCCACACGCCUGUAGGUGACAUGUGGCUGCUGCUUCUCGAGGCCUGGCUCCUUGGCCGGAGGAACCUCUCCUGCUCCGGUGCUCCUGCUGUCCUUGUGUGUCGCUCAGCCUCGUACUUCUGGACUGUGCUGCUCCAGGUCAGGGACAGGUCCCAGUCUAUUUGAUCUCUUGCACAGGACUUAGCAAAUAUUUCCCAAAUUGAUGUUUCAAGGAUUUGAAUAACUGAAGCUUUUUCCACAGUCUACAGUUACUUUCUAAUUUAUGGAAUUGAUAAAACUCUACUUUUUUUCCAUGAACUUUCUUCCAAAUUUCAAAUUAUUCCAAAUUUCUACCGGUGGCCUUUAUUGGGUCAUUUUCUGUUCUUUGUAUUGAAGACUGCUUCUUGGUGGCCUUUCUUGGCUGCGGUGACUUACAGGAAUUAGAAGAAGAGGGGGCAGAGCCCCAGCUCUCUCUACCAGAUACUGUGCUCAGGUCCUUAACACUGUUUUAUCUCUAUAACUUAGUGUUUUCAUUUUGCAAAUGCAACCAGAGAUCAGAAGACAUAAGACACUUGAAAUAAGCAGCAGCUAGGCCCUGACCCCAAACCUCUGAUUCUAAAUCGAUGCUCUUCACUGCCUCUGUCAGAGAGGUCGGGCAAUACCCUUAUGGAGACCAGAGACCCAGACAGCCUGCCGCCGCCUGCUCUAAGGAACGACUUCUGCGUUUGUAAACCAUCUGCGCAGUAAGUCGGUCUGGCACUUAAAAAUGCAUCGUACUGUUUACUUCUCCCCACAGAUCUGGAGGUUAGGGAUAGUAUCCUCAUUCUGUAAACAGGAGGACUGAUUCAGAGGAGUGCAGUGAUUUCAGGGUCUGUGUGACUCCAACGUCCAUGGUGUGACUAGUGCCGCGCUGUCCUCCCCGAGUGGCGCCGUGGGAGCCAGGCCAGGACCUGGACUAGUGUUCCCACACGGGAACGCCUUCCCAGCGUCUCUCAGGAAGUGUGUGUUUUUGACUCUGGGAUCCCCAGAAAAAUCAGUUGAGGAAAUGAGAAAAAAUAUUAAAAUCAUCCGUGAAUACUAAAGCUUAAAAGCAUAGAGACAUGACUGGUUUAAAGGACUCCAUCAAAUAAGAAAUAAGCAGGGAGUGCUAGCAUGCCGAGGUGAGGGUCAGGAGAGCCGAGGCAGGAGCACGUGGGAGAGAAAGGCUUACUGCCUGGCCGGUCUUGCUCGUGAUGUUACGUGAGAGGGGUGUGUCUGUAGCCCCAUACGCUGCAAACCAUGAGCUGUUCUUGCAAAUAAAAUAAGUUCAUACACAG